CGACUCUGGCAACCGAACAAGCGGGGAAUUUGAAAGGAAAUAUAGAUUUUUUUUUAAUUUUACGAAAGUGCGGAAAAAUUCGACGCCCUGCGAGUACGGUCAGACAAAAAUAUUGGUUACUGGCAGAAAUAACGUUAGGAUACAGUUGUAUUGUUAGACACAGUCAAUACUGUUCAAUUAGUGACGCAACACCUGUGUUGUUUGGAACGUUAGCCACUGGCUACUUUCCUCGUCAGUGGAAUACGUUUGUGAACUGACCAAAAAGGGGUUACUAAUGUUUUAUUUGGUAAUUGUAUGUAUUUUGUUAGUUAUGAAUGAGUCUCCAUUAAUGAGUGGCUUUCACGUCAGCAUUGUUACGCAUUGUCACGGCGUAUAGUUAGCCGACGAGCUAACUUGCGCUAGCUUGGUCGCAGCCACCAUAGACCGUUAACUACAACGCAACUUGUUGGGAUUAACUGUCCGUGAUGGAUGGUUCCUCGUCUACUUCGACUGGUCAUCCUCGUCCAUCGUUCCUGAAGAGGACAUUGGAGCAGUUAUCUUCCAGGCAAUAUCUGAAACUACCGCAGCAGGAAGAGGGGGCGGAAAGUGUAGCUGUCAUUGCAGUUCAGCGCUACUUGCGCGAGCAAAGUGAAGAACAGUCGUGUGAGAAGUACAGCUACGACGUAACCAUCACUGACGGAGUGUGGAGGGCCAAAUGCUUUCUACACCCAAGUUUAAAUCACUUGGUGCACAUCAACACCCUCAGAACAGGCACGGACAUCAUCAUCACGCAGUGCUCGUUAGUGUACAACGAGCGGAGAGUGGGCCAUGGCUACAUUAGCAUUGAGAAGUUGAGGUGUGGUACAAGGAGGUCUGCCGUCUUGUCUAAUAUGGCUAAUAUUCGGGAUGUAAGCGCUCUGCCCAUGCUGGUCAAACACAGCAUGGAACCGAGCACCUUGCUCCAAAGCGACAUGCCUCUCCAGGUGAGUCGCAAGCAUUACCUGCCUCUGUGGAACAAUGAUGAUCCAGUGGGGGACAUGUGGACCUUGGUGCCCACCUCACGUGCUCCGGUGUUAGAUGUGUCCAAGAUCUCUCUCCUUCAUAGCCUGGAGUCAUCUUUCAGAGGCUCAUCUAAGACACUCCCUCUCCUUGUAAGGAUAAUGCAGAAAUCCCGAUUGAGGUAUUACGGCAAGAUGGGGACCAAGAUAGAGUUCCCCUACCAGGCAUACUUUGAAGUCGCUGACCAAAGUGGCACCAUGUCUCUCGUGCUUUGGAAUGAACUCUGUCCACAGUUUUACCUAGCACUCAAGGUUGGAACAGUGAUGUACCUCCAAAAUUACUCUCUGAAGCAGAGUUAUUCCAACCGCUCACACCCACAAAUGGACCAUUAUGGAAUGAAGAAAUUUACUGCAGUUGAAAUCUGCCUGAACCCUCGCAAUCCAGCUUCAGUCAUCACCAUAGUGCCACCUAAGGAAGUUCAGCCUCAGUGGUCAUUGCCUGAUUUGUCCUAUCGCUUCACCAAAAGAUCGGAGCUUGGAAAGUUUGCCAACAACUCAGCAUGUGACAUCAUCGGUUUGGUUACCUUUGUAGGUCGUGUUGAAAGGAUAAAGAGUAAAGGCAACAAUGAAAAGUACUGGACGUUCCGCUGGGUUCAUGCGGUGGAUGGAACAUCGGAGCAGCCUUUUAUCCUGGAGAUUUUUUCCUCUUCUCAACCUGAAAUGUUUGUAAAUAUCAGUCCAAUGACCUACCUGGUGUGCACUCAGAUGCGAGUGUGUCAGGCAGCGGGCUCGUCGCUUUACCUCACCAGUAGCUGUGAGACAGAGAUGUUCAUUACUGGCUACCACAAACGUCAACCAUACGUGAAUGACCCUUCUGUGAAGGAAUUCAUUCAGUGGACCAAGACUCAGAAGGACAAUGUGAUUCUCCAGAGGUCAUAUGUUGGUGGCCAUUACUCUUACCCGCAUGCCCCUCCCACAUUCACACAGCCUGUGGCGGAGACAUCAGAACAAGUUCCUCUUGUGGCUGUGUCUGAUUUGAAGAAAGAGUUGGAGACCCUGCAGUAUCGAGAACAUAAAAAACUUGCCAUUCAAGGUCAAAUCACAGCUGUAAGAUACGUGGAAAAGUCAAGCAUGACAGAGGCACAAGGCCCUGGAUGGAAAGAGAUGCCAGAUUUGACCGCAGCUGAACAAGCACGUUUGGAUGUGCAAGAAACAGCUUUGUGUGUGUCAACCUUGGUGGAACCACCGACUGUAAGCAAAAGAAAAAGGACAAUACAGACGAGAAAUGCAAAGCAGAGUUCUGCAAGCAGUGUGCCGCCAAAAAGGUCGCCCCAACGAGAAAAUACGGAAGUAGGAGAGCCAGAUGAAGAAGCGGGAGAGUCACACUUAGAGGAACACAAUGUGCACUCUCAAAUUGAAGCAGGCUGCGAUGUGCUAUCCUGGGAGAGCAGCGGGUGGCCGAGGCAACGCCAAGAAGUGUCUGAACAUUUGCAUCAUGGUGCUCUUCGUCAGGACAGUAUUUCACGGAGGUUCACCUUGGACAAGAAGAAUGCGCUUUUGUGUUGGAGCAACCUUGACCCCAUGCAGUGGACACCAGAACAAUUGGCCGAUGCUGUUCCGCCUGCCGUUUGUCCAGGAUACUACCAAGUAACCAUACUAGGCAUAAACAAGAGGAUGGCUGUGGAUGUCGCCUUUUUACCUGUUGUGUGCUCCAGUGAGCAUAGAGCAGUAGGUCUUAUUUGUGAUCGCCAUGACAACACCAUGAUGUCUUGUCUGUCUUCUGGGUUCCUCAGCCCCCUCAGCAACAGCGAGGCAACAGGUCCCAGACCAGAGGAGAUCUUGACAACAGCUAGUGAACUGGAAGACACGCAUUUGGUGUGUGUCUUGGACAUUUGUCACCUGGGUGGAGAGGAGCUGGAGGUACUGAUUAGCAAAGUCUACAAAGUGACGGAGGUCUCUGUUUUGUAGCAGUUUACAAAUAUAGAUCUUACAUUAUCGCAAUCAUACAAGGCUUGUUUAAUACAACACACGCAUAAAUUCUGAUUUCUAGAUUGCUUUUCAAAAAUGUUAUGGCUCAUAACAUCUAUGAAUAAAGUAUUUAGAAUAGCGAUGAGUAUGCAGAGAGUUAAAAUGCAUGUCAGAUAUUUAGUGCUGCGUUUAAUAUGAAGCAAACUGAGCCGUGUCUCACACAUGCAUGCACAGAAAAUCAUGUCGGGUGCUCAGAGCACACUGAUAAAAUUAUUAAGGGCUGUCUUCGACGAAAGACUUUCAUAGUCGAAUCUGAUUUUGUUCAUAGUCGACUAAAAGUCGAAUAUAUUUUUUAAAGAGCGCUGCUAAUAAUGAUCCCUACAAAUAAACAGAUCUCAUUUGCGACUUUUUCCACCUCGAAAAAAGGCUAAAACUCUUCGAUAAACAACUUGACAUAGUAGGUGUGCAACAGUAUCUUUAUUUUGUGACACAGAAAGCAGUUCACAUAGAUGUACAGUCCUUGGCCUCGUGUCUUGCCUGUUUCAUCUGCUGUUCUAUCAGCCCGGACUGUGUGGCGGUCGGCUAGCACAAUAGCGUUGUCAGGUACUCCGCUGUUCAGUCAUGUCUGGGUGAAAAUUGUGACGCUGCAGUCCAAAAGUCACUUACUGUGGGUGAAGUGGAAUCGUAACUCGUCCAUUUAUUCACUAAAGACCACACAUUAGCAAGAAAGUAGUUGAGUCUUUUCGGUUCGUGAGCUUAUGUUAGCUCGUAUUUCUCCGCGCCUUCCGAGCGUUUGUUUACGUUCUCGACGCCGCUUGCAAGCGCUUCCGCCCGGCUGGGUGGUGUGUGUAGCCUCUGGUACCGUGGAGGCUUCAGAGACGAGUCGAAGAUUAGUGUUAAAAACGUUGGCGCUGCGAAAUCCAAUAUCCACAAGCUCUCGUUGGGAGUAAAAUGUUAAACCAGACCCAAUUUGAACAAAAUAAUAACUACAAAACUGCAAAUCUGGAAGAGAUAAAAUGGGCUUAGCUGUGUGCACACGCCGCCAUCUUGCGUCCGUAUAGGUCUUCUGUGAAAGACUGGUCUUUUCCAAUUCUUUAGUGACACAAACGAGACUGAAGUUGUGUCAAAAUAUGCUAUUUAUAACAAAAACAAAGACAUUUUAUGUAAAAAUGUAUGCUCAGCCGCAGCCGUGGGUACCUCCAUGUGGUGAUAAUGAUAUUGAAUUAAGUCAAUCAUACAGCCCAAACUCGUGCAUAUGAACACUAUCAAAUCUCCAUAUUUUGACUGUCAGGCUGGACUACCCUAAGGUUCCACACUUGGACCUGUUUUAUUUUCAUUAUAUAUUAAUGAUUUACGAAAUGUUUGCAAAGACCUCGAUAUCAUAUAAUAUGCAGAUGAUGCUGUCAUUUUGACAAAUGCAAAGUCUGGCAGAAGUCUUUAAAAAAGUUGACAUCUGCAGUCAUCUGUACUGAUGAGAGGCUGACUAAAUAAAAUAUUAUACUAAACGCUGAAAGAAACUGUCUGCAUGUUAUUUUCAAAAUGACCAGCAGCUAGGUCUUGUUUACAUGUCUUUAUGAAAGGAGAUGAACUCCAGUUUGUACGCGGAUUUAAAUAUCUUGGCGUUCCCUUGGACUCUACUUUAUCUUUUUAAAAACAUAUCCAAAAUUGUUAGCUUUAAUAUUCACAAUUUUCGGCAAAUCAGAUCAUCAUUGCCAGAAAAUACUGCUAAAAUGUUUUUAUACUUUUAGAAAAUUUAAACUAGCCUGCUCAAUAUGUAAGUUCUAAAUGGACUUGCUCCUGUUUAUCAAGAUAAAAUCCACCACGAGUGGAAAGGUAGCAAGAGCAUCUACCAGAGAUGACUAUCUAGUACCUUAAAGACACACAACAUUCAGUCAACAGGUGUUAUCAGUCAAAGGUAGAGAAAUUUGGAACAACAUCCCAGUUGAUGUAAGAGACUCUGCGACCUUCAAUACAUUUAAUCGGUCUCAAACAUUGGCUUCAGAGGAACCAGAUCUGUGGGCAUUCAUUUCAUGAUAAUGUUUUAUCUUGUACACUGUUCUAUGAUGUCAUUGUUUAUUAUUUUAUUGUCCAUGCAUUAUCAUUGGCACACAGUUUUCCAGUGUGACAGUUUGCUGUUUUGUCGUCGUCUCUUCCUUUGACCUGCCAGGGACUACAGCUGUAAACUAGCCUUUGGGCUAAUUCUGGCAUAUUUACAUAUAAAUGUUCAUGAAUCCGCACUAGUCCCUUUUUAAAAUAAAUAAAUAAAAGUUAUUAACUUGGGGGGGGGGAAG